AUGACCCUGAGGCAGCAGCAGCUCAUGCCCCACCCCGGUCGCGGGUUGGGCACCUCCUCUAUUGGCUCCUGCCAGGCUGCCCACCAGCACAGCCCUGUGGGAAUGGCAGGGCGACCCGGGGCUGGAGCUAUCACUAAGGGCAGGGGCCCUGUGGAGGUGCCAGCCAGGGAGCCUGCAGAGCAACAUGGGCAGGCAUCAGUGGCAGUGGGCGACAAGGCUCCCCCUGAAGGGGCAAUGUCUAAGGGCCUAUAUGCCCUGCAGAGAAAGGCCAACAGAGAAGUGAAGCCCAUAGUGUCCAGCAAGUCUCCUGUAAACUUCUUGAUGCAGCUGGAGGAUUACACUCCUACGAUACCAGAUGCAGUGACCGCUUAUUACCUGAAUCCUGCUGGCUUUGAAACUUCAGACCCAUUCAUAAUUCGGCUCAUCUCACUAGCUGCCCAGAAGUUCAUCUCAGAUAUUGCCAACGAUGCCCUACAGCACUGCAAAAUGAAGGGCACAACCUCUGGCAGCUCCCUGACCAAGAGCAAGGACCGCAAGUACCCUUACCAUGGGGGACUUGACCCCUGCCCUCAGCGAAUAUGGUAUCCAUGA